UGCAAAUGCAGCUGCUUUGGGCUGAGGUGGCAGAAGAUCGUGAGCGUCGGUGACCGAAGCAAAGCCUGAACCCCAAGAUAAAGAUGACUGGAGCAGUGGGACCCUGGCACAUUGAUAAUCGCGAGCGGGUUCUCAAAUUAGGCGACAGCUUCGAGAAGAAGCCCCGCUGCGCCUUCCAUACUGUGCGCUAUGACUUCAAACCUGCUUCUAUUGACACUUCUUGUGAAGGAGACCUUGAGGUUGGCAAGGGUGAACAGGUGACAAUAACUCUGCCAAAUAUUGAAGGUUCAACUACACCAGUUAGUGUUUUCAAAGGGUCAAAGAAACCUUACUUAAAAGAAUGCAUUUUGAUUAUUAACCAUGAUACUGGAGAAUGUCGACUAGAAAAACUCAGCAGCAACAUCACUGUUAAAAAAACAAGAGUUGAAGGAAGCAGUAAAAUUCAGUAUCGUAUAGAGCAACAGCAGCAACAUAUGAGGAAUUCAGUUAAGACUCCCAAUCUUGUCAGACAUUCUCCAUCUGAAGAUAAGAUGUCCCCAGCUUCUCCAAUGGAUGAUAUUGAAAAAGAACUGAAGGCAGAAGCUAGUCUAAUGGAUCAGAUGAGUAGUUGUGAUAGUUCAUCAGACUCCAAAAGUUCAUCAUCUUCAAGUAGUGAGGAUAGUUCCAGUGACACUGAAGAUGAAGAGUGCAGACCCUCUCCUUCCAAUGCAGGGGACUGUAUCUCAGGACAUCUUGUCCUGCCAUCUGUGCCACGGUGCAGCAUGCCUGAUAUAGACGGUGGCCAUAAUAUGUAUCACGACAACAAUGGCCUGUUGAUGAGCACUUUAAGAAAUGAUUUGCAGCUGAGUGAAUCAGGAAGUGACAGUGAUGACUGAAGAAAAAUUCUGCUAUAAAUAUAAAUCUUAACAAGACAUAAUUUGUUAUAUUAUAAAAUAAAAAUCCUUAAGAC